AUGACCAAGGAUGAAAGAAUUGUGAACUCAUUCGCGCUAAGUCAUCUGUCACUUGCAUAUCGUUCGCAUCUACUAAAUGCAGAAGAAAGUGACUUCUUGGACUUGCUUCGGAAAGAUAUUACAUCCAUGGAGAAAUAUAUGAUCGAACGCCGAAAUGCAGGAAAGGGUGGAGUUCUACAUUUGGUUGCAGAAGACAUUGUAGCGUUUUUGCGCCUAUAUGAGGGGCUGCUACUGGACAAUGAAGCUAACUCCAUUAUAGAACUGCAUCGUCAAGACACAUUUCUCCAUGCUUUCAACCGACGUUGCCUUCUGACUGAGUAUGCGGAUUCGGAGAUGCCCAAAGUGGUUUCUGGAAGGGUUGUUGCUGUCGGACGUUUUACCAUGGAUCUGACUAUGCGUGAUGUGAUUCGACAAAUAAACCAUCUCCCUGUCGGCCAUGCCUUCUACUUUGUUGUGCUCGAUUUUGAUGCCUCAUUUGUCAGUGAAAGCACUCGCAACCAGGUGGAAUACGGGAUAACACUUAGUAAACUGUCUGGAAGACAAGUGAAUGUGUUGGAGGCAGUCGGCCAUGAUGUCAAUGACAAACUGUCUCUUGACUUAAAACGAACCGGUGUAUACUUCGUGGACGAGUUAUCCUCUCUUCCUGAUGUGGAGCAUCAAGAAUCUUGUGAAGAAAUCUCUCCCCACAUUCCACUCUCACAGCUUCCCGUUCGCUGCCGUAUCACUCCUGCUGCAAUUUAUCAGAUCACGUCCAUGCUAAUUCGCCAGCAUAAUGUCGCUGCGACCUCGAUCUGUCUGCGCCUGUUUUCACCCGCAUGUCAUCACAAAUGUGAAUAUGAGAUGUAA